AUGGCAGGCGGGGAAGAAGAAGUCAAAAACGCGAAAAGUUGUCAAUUCCACUUUAAACAAGCAGUCAAUCGUGAAACAGGAAAAUUGCAAAGCACCAAGUCAAAGUUCGAAUUCAAGCGCCUAGCAAAUGCCUUGCUUUCAGCACACACAGCUGCCACAUAUGACAAGGCAUAUGGAAACAUCGCCAACUUUAUUCAAGAAAAGACAUCGAAACGAAAACGAAGUGUCUUGAAAUCUUGGCUAGACUGGUGGGAUGAAAGGAAGCACCACGUCUUUGAUGCCUUUCGUACUCUUCCUUUCAUCCCAACAACCAAUCAAAGUGAGUGUCUUCAUUCAGCAUGGGAAACUACUCAAAGCUCAAAGAUGUCUUUAAUGGGUGUACUCUAUGAUGAUGUGGCAGAUUCUGUGAAAUUUGAUCGUCAUGUGAAGCUAAUUGGUGAUGGUUCUCUUGCUCCAGCAACUGGAGUUACCCAAUCGAAGACCGAGGCGCGAGAGAGAGAAAUUCAGCGACGAAAAGCUGUAUCCCAUAGUAAAGAACUGACUGUUGAAACCGAGUCUACUCUUCACUGCGACGCUGAAGAAGCAAAUCCGUUUCAAGUUGAUCCAAAUUGCAAGCAUCGCCAUGACAAACGGGUCAGAAAUAGCCAAUCUUCUAAAAAUGAGUGCCGUCGGGUAAGAAAAAGUGCUUAUGACGGAAGCGAAUCAAAUCCAUCUGAUCUAUCUGACAGCAGUUCUGAGGAACUUCCCAACAAGAAAAGCGAGGAUAAGGAAGUUUGGACAAUACGAUGA